AAGCGGAAGUUGCGCGGUCCGCCUAGAAGAAAAACUUAGCCAGUGAGUUUGACAAGUUUGCGUGAAGCGCAGCGUUUCCUCGUACUAGUUUUCUGAACGCAAGCAAUAGAAAAAAGGAUUUUAGUCGAAGGCUCCCGGAUCUCGUUAUUCAGCAUAAAUGCCGACUUCUCCGGCGUUGGGUGCCUUCUGUGUUCCUUGCUAGGCAAUGGACCGGCAGCAGUUCCAGGUGAGCGACGAAGAGCGCGACGUGGCACGGGAAGAAAGCCGCAGGAGGAGGAGAAAGAAAGCCAUCACCUCUUCCUCCUCCGCCUCCAUGGAUCAGGUCAAUGUCGAGUUUGUGCUGCCCACAGCAGCGCGGGGUGGGAGCGGCCCCGACUCUCUGCUGCUGGAGGUCCCCGGGAACUGGACCGUGGAACAGGUGAAAGCCCAGGUCUGGAUGAAGGCGGUGUCUUUAAGCCUCUGUCCCGACUUCUACCAGCGCUUCUCUCCGGACCACUGCAUCCUCCUCUACCAGAAGAAGGGCACUGUGUGCGAGAUCUAUGACAAGCACCAGGUCUUCCAAACUCUGGACUGCAUUCGUUACUGGAGAGCUCUGAAGAAAGACGUGGGUCGCAUCCAGCUGGCUCCCCGUCCGCAGCAGUCAGAGGGAGUCCCAGCAAAGCUGCUGACGCCGCGACGCAUCGAGUUGUCAGACCGGGACUCAAACUUACUCCAUGGACCCCUGGGUCACCUGGAAGCCAGUGCCCGAACACCUCCUCUCCAAG